UACUCAAUAUACACUCACCAAUUAAAAAGUCUCCAUCUUUUUCUGUUCCAUAAUUGCAAUUCCUUUUUUUACUAGUAAGUAAAUGCUUUCGUUUUUAUGAUUUUCAGAUAUUUCUCAUGCUCUCCUAACCAAUAUUGCCUUUUUCUCAUCAAUAGGGGCUCACCAUUUCACACACACAGUCCAGUUCUUGAAUUUGCCAAGCAAAUUUCACUCAUUCAUCAUUCACUCCACCACCACUUUCCCCCUCCUCUGUCCUUGAUUGCAAUAGAUUGGCUAGAUCCCAAUUCCAAGAUUUAGCUUAUUUAUUUCUUGAUUGCCUUGUUGAGUUGUUGGUGGGAGUGGGAAUAGUUCUGCUGAGGGGUGUGAAAAAAACAAUCUUUUCAAGAACAAGAACUGAAAUUCUAACAAUCCUAGAUAGAUGCCUGCUGUUGAUACAAGUAGCUCUCUGUGGAGUAGGGAGCAGGAUAUGCAGUUUGAGAAGGCAAUAGCUGCUUAUCCUGAGAAUUCUUCAGACAGAUGGGAGAAAAUUGCAGCUGACGUUUCUGGGAAAUCAGUGGAGGAGAUUAAGCAGCACUAUGAGCUCCUAGUGGAAGAUGUUAGCCGCAUAGAAUCCGGUUUUGUUGAGGUUCCUAGCUACAAUCCUUCCUCAGAUGGGUCAUCCAGCCUUGCUGGUGAUGAUGUGCCUGCUAAAAAAGGCGGCAGUUUUGGCCAUUUAAACUGCGAUGCCAAGUCAUCCCGCUCCGAUCAGGAACGCCGUAAGGGGAUUGCUUGGACAGAGGAUGAACAUAGAUUGUUCCUCCUUGGUUUGGACAAAUACGGAAAGGGUGACUGGAGGAGCAUUUCUCGUAACUUUGUGGUGACGAGGACCCCCACGCAGGUGGCCAGCCACGCUCAGAAGUACUUCAUCCGCCUCAACUCCAUGAACAAGGACAGGAGGCGUUCCAGCAUCCACGACAUCACCAGCGUUGCCAAUGGGGACGUGUCCGUGCCCCAAGCUCCAAUCACCGGCCAGGCCAACGGAGUCCCACCUGUUAAACCCGGAAAGCAGGUGGUGGGUGGUGCAGCAGCUCAUGGAGUGACCAUGUAUGGCGCGCCAACCAUGGGGCAACCCAUAGGCGUUGUCUCAGCAGUCGGGACGCCAGUGAGCCUCCCUCCACCACCACACAUGGCCUAUGGCGUGGGGACACCUGUCCCGAUGGUGCCUGGCGCCCCGAUGGCGUACCACGCCUCGGUUCACAGGUGAUCAUUCUCAUCAUCCAUUGGUUGGUUCACAGGUGAUCAUUCUCAUCAUCCAUUGGUGAUGAAUCAUAUGGACUGAUUAGUGAUUUAUUUCCACUUGAGGAGUAAUAAAUUUUCCAUUUAGAGCAUCAUUUUGAUAUUAUUUUUGCUUAUUAAUGUGGGAAAAAAGAUCUGUAUAGGUGAUUAGGAUAAUAUGGUUAUACUGAGACUUCAGAAAUUUUAAGCAUUAAUUAGCUGUAGCAGAGAUUUAUAUUAAUAUGAGGAAGAAUGAGACUUCGUUUUUAA